UUUUGCUUCACAAGUAUUAUUUAAUUGAUUUUUUAAAGGAAUAUUUUUUUCUUCAAUCUCCUGAGGGAAUUUUACCCAUGAUUCCACAGUUUUACCCAGGAUACACUUCUGCAAAGCCCCUCCUAUCUCCUCACUCCUGGGUUUGAGACUACAGGGAGAAGGAGCCAUUUUACAGUCAGCUCUGUGGAAUCGUUUUUUUAGGAAAAUCCCUGCGUUUUAAAACACAUUCCUAUUUUUGUACUGACUACAAUGAUGGAGCCUUUUUCUGACCAGAUUGUGUUGUUCAUGCUGGCUGCAAGUAUGAUGGAGGAAGAAAGUGCUGAUGAACAUCAGGAUCCAGGUCAGCAAAUGUCUGCAUUGGGUGAGCCAGUAUUGCGGGUUUCAUUUCCACGUCCACGCCAGUAUCGCACUAGGCGUGAACUGGAGGAUCUCAGCGAGUUCGAGGUGAUACAAAAUUAUCGCUUAUCGACUCGCGACAUAUAUUCGCUGUACGCUCUGUUGGAGGCCGACUUGGAACCUCGGGCACGGUCAAAUCGUGCAAUCAGCGGUUUUCAGAAACUGCUGGGGACGUUACAUUUUUUGGCGUCAGGCACAUUCCAGCCUACACUGUCUCAAACAUGCGGUUUUUCUCAGUCGACACUGUCGCGCUGUAUAACCCAAGUCAUUAGGGCUUUCUGCAAAUUGACGAUCCAGUACAUCACAUUUCCAGAGACGGACAGCGAAUGUCGUGAGAUCAAAUUAGGCUUUUUCAACAAAUACAAAUUUCCCAAUGUGCUGGGCGCGAUUGACUGUACCCACGUGCAGAUCAGACCGCCACGGAAUUCAGAGGAAUGUUUUCGGAACCGAAAACAGUUCCAUUCCCUGAACGUGCAGGCGGUCUGUGAUGUAAACAUGAGAUUUUUGAACAUUUUUGUGGGAUUUCCUGGAUCAUCUCACGACUCCUUCAUCCUAAGCCAGUCAUCGCUGUUUGACAAGUUCGAAACAGGAAACAUGCCUGGUGGCUGGCUGUUAGGCGAUGCGGGUUAUCCAAACAAACCGUGGCUGUUGACCCCAUUGUCUAAUCCUGUUGGUAGAGCAGAAAAACGUUACCAAGAGACACACAUUGCAUCGAGGGGAGUAAUUGAGCGUGCCUUCGGUGUACUUAAAAGCCGGUUUCGAUGUUUAGACACUUCCGGCGGUGCUCUUUUGUACUCACCGUCGAAGGUUUGCGGCAUGGUAAAUGCAUGUUGUAUUUUACACAACAUAUGUGUCGCAAACCGUUUGCCGGUGACUCUUCGUCGUAGUGCUUUCCUACGCGGGAACCGGUCUUCUGCUCUACCGGUGGGUAUGGGCGAAGGAGAGGAUUCCCGGCGGACAGUGAUACAAAAUUUUUUUGCAGUUACCUAGUUUUACAUCCUGUUGAUGUGUAUCCCCAGGCCGUGUUUAUACAGUUUGUUCCCCCCUGUUUUAUCCUGUUUGGUUACCGCAAAUAUUUGACCCUUUUAUCCAACUCUACCAUGGGCGACCUAAUGGUGAUGUGGACCUGACCCUCCGCCAUGUAGCAGACAACCCCCUCAGGUCCUGCGGUGUAUCUUCCCAAGUGGCGUGGAUGUGAGGAGACACGCCAUUUCACCCGAUGUUCCAUGGGCGACCUAAUGGUGAUGUGGACCUGACCCUCCGCCAUGUAGCAGACAACCACCUCAGGUGAGAUGCAUUGACCAACAAGACUCCCUUGUCCAAAAUCACCCCGAAAUGUCCAAAGUGCAGCACUCCGGCAUUUGCAAGACUGCACAUCCAAACAUUCCCUCCUGAUACACCAAUGCUGGUCAGGGAAUGUUUGGAUGUGUAGUGAUGCAAGUGCAGGAGGGUUGCAUUUGGGCCGCUGCAACCCGCUUGUGUUGUGUGGACUGUUGUAUGUACCUCUUUUUCCAGCCCCAGGGUGACACUAUCACCCAUAUCUGGAAGCUCAAACUGUUCUCUUCCACAGGUCCUGCGAUGUAUCUUCCCAAGUGGCGUGGAUGUGAAGAGACACGCCAUUUCACCCGAUGUUCCAUGGGCGACCUACUGGUGAUGUGGACCUGAACCUCCGCCAUGUAGCAGACAACCCCCUCAGGUGAGAUGGAUUGCCCAGAACUCCCUUUGUCCAAAAUCACCCCGGCAUGUCCAAAGUGCAGCCCUCCGGCACUUGCGUCACUACACAUCCAAACA